AUGACGUUGGUCGAAGAAUCGUUAAAACGCGAAAUGGAAGAAAUCGAAGAUGUCAAGGUCUCGGUUGAAUGGAUCGAUCCUAGCCGUCUGGAUCACGAAGCCGCAACAAUGACUGAGAACGUUAUAGAGCCAGUAGUAAUUGAAGAGAAACCCGUCGAAAAGGAAAAAACGGAAGAAUGUAAAUCAAGAUUACAUCUGAACCAAAUAAUAGCUAGUUUUAUAGCAACUUUGACACUACUUUCCUGUGGACUAUGUAUCGGCUGGCCAACGAUUUUCUUACACGGCAAAGAAUCUGACGUGCCCUUAACUCCUGACAGCAGAUUAUUAGUAGCCGUUGCAGUAUUAAUAGGUGCCUGCGCUGGACCGAUUCUUUCUGGCUUAUUAAUUGACCGGAUUGGUAGAAAAUGGUUCCUCUAUAUGACAACAAUCCCAAUUCUUGCUGGUUGGAUACUUAUUUUCGUUGCCAAAAAAUGGCUCCUACUUUUCAUGGGAAGGCUCGUCGCUGGACUGUCAGUUGGAGCUAUAUACACUGUCGUUCCUAUAUAUACUGGAGAAAUCACUGAACCAAGAGUUAGAGGUGCUGCCAGUGGAAUAAUGGCUGUAAUGUUAAAUUUGGGAUACAUAUUUACCUAUGGCGUCGGUCCAAUAUUGGGCAGGAAGAAUCUGGCAGUGAUUAAUUUAAUACCGGUGAUAGUAUUUGGCUUAACAUUUGUGUGGAUACCCGAGUCGCCGUACUAUUAUUUGAAGAAGCAGAAACAGAAAGAUGCAGAGUUGUCGUUAACAUGGUUAAGAGGGAAACUUAACAACGAGAAAGAAAUAGAAGAGAUAAAAACUUUUAUAAAAAGCGAAGAAGAAUGUAGCAUUAAGAAACUCACAGUACCAACGAACAGGAAAGCACUUCUGAUUUUGAUGUUACUAUUCGCGGGUCAACAGCUGUCCGGAUUGCUAGCUAUCGAAUCGUACACCAGAGUUUUGCUCCCAAAAAUCGAUUUCAAUGUAGAUAUUAGAGUCACACUUCUUAUCAUAAGCUCGCUAACUUUGGUAACAAGUUUAGUAACGACGCUGGUCGUCGAUAAGAUUGGUAGAAAAGUUGUUUUUCUAAUAUCCGCGUACGGUGCUACGAUAUGUCUUCUCGUAGUAGGAGUGUACUGCUACCUUUAUGGAAAAGUAGCGAAGCUCAAUGAGCUGACUUGGGUACCAUUAAUCGUUAUUCUACUUCAUAGCAUCGUCUUUUCUUUUGGUUUAGGCUCAAUCCCGGCGAUCAUGUCGUCAGAACUCUUUCCAAUGAACGUGAAAAGUUGGGCAAUUACGUUUGCAAAUAUUUUCUCAUUUCUAUUAGCUUUGAUAGUUGCUGGAUGUUAUGAAUUUGUGAUCGAUGCAUUUGGUUAUUACAUAAUAUUUUGGGCUCUUGGCAUUCUUGAGCUCAUAAUAACGAUUACUCUGACCGUCAUUAUGCCGGAAACAUCGCGUAAAUCUUUCAUAGAAAUUCAACAGAUGCUAAAGGGAAAAUCUAACGCACCAUCAGCAGAUAAAACAAAUUCGCCAUAA